AUGCCAAUCGACGUCCAGCCCAUCGUGGCAGCCGAUCUCCGGCGCUGCGCCGAAAUCGAGCACGACGCGUUCGCAGAAAGCCCAUCCUAUCCUGUGCUGUUUCCCGGGCCCUUGCCAGACGAUCCCUUGGCCCUCCGAGUCGAGGGCCUGGAGAAGGAGCUUCGGGAGGAUCCGACCGUGCGCAUCCUCAAGGCUGUGGACACAGAGCUUCAAGGCGACGAGGCGAUUGUGGCAUGGGCCAAGUUCAACAGUUAUCCGGAGGGACUGCCGGUGCCCAAGCCACGUGUACCACCGCCAGGAUCCAACGCUGAGGCGUGCACAGCAUUGUUUGUUGGCAUAGACAAGAUGCGGGAGCGUUUGAUGACAGGCAAGCCGUGUGUCUACUGGCUGUCAGACUGGCGCAACAACGACUGA